ACGGCGAGCGGUGAGAGAGGCGAAAAUUGCCGAAGUGUUCCGGCGCGAAAGCCGUUACCUUUCUGUCGGUCAGUUGCGGAGCGACAGUUCGCGCAGUUAGUUUUGUUGUGGAUUUUCGGUGAGUGCGUACGAUAAGCCGCCGUGCCGUGUUUUUCAUUUGCGAUAAAGUCCGCGUAAUCGUUAAAAUCGCAGAUCAUUGUGUAGUGUGGUGUCGCGUAGUCGCGUUGCGUAAUCGACAAAGAGACGAUGAGAAGUGUUUGUUCUGAUUACUCCUUGUGAAGUUCUAGCUGUUUCGCCGGAAAUGCGCGUGACCAUUUAAAAACUAUUUGUUACAACCAGUCGCGCUUGUUACCGAGGAGCAAUGACACAAAUGACACAAUUGUGGCAUUUGUGGUGAUCAAAUUCACAUCAUUUAGAGAUGUCUACAAAUGAUAAGAUAGUGAUGCAAUUUUGAUUUCAAGCACAGGGACGUCGGAUGUCCUAAAGAUGUCCUGUUUUGUCAAGCAGGAUAUUGUAGGGAGUACCUGUUAUAGUCCUGAGACAUCCACAGGACAUCCUGUGAACUAUCAAGAAUAGAGAAGAGAACCUAUCCAGAAUGGUUCUUACUGUGACCGAGGAUACUCCAGCAGACAUGCUGACUGGAAGUAUGGAACUUCUGGUCCAACUACCUCACAACCAUCAUCUUCAUACGCAAAAAGUCACGGUAUUAAGAAGCACGCCAAUGAUGGACCUUCUAGUGCAGAUCGCGACGGCUCACAAAUUGAUAGCUUCGAGUUACACCUUGCAAGCGAUCGGCGAGUGUGACUUGAUUCUACCUCAUCAUCCCAAUACUCCUAUAGGAGCACUGGAUGUUCUUCAGGUUAAAUUACUUCCCAAGCAGGGUAUAUGCGUACCGCGUAAAAAGAAACAAGCUAAUCAACCUUUUGAAACGACAUUUAGAUUACAGGUACACUUACCCAGAAAUCAGCUGUAUGUGUCGAGAGUCAGUCCGAAAAUGAACCUCGGAGAAAUCCUGGACGAAGUAUGCCGUGAGAAGAAUUUGGACAGAAGCAAAUAUGUGCUUCGUCAUCCAGUCAAUCUGGAGGAGACGUUGGACCUGUCGCUGUCACUGCAGGAUUAUCACCUGCAAGAGGUGACUCUAUAUGCAAAUCAGGCCAAAAGUCUAGGCCCAACGUUAAGUACGCAGGAUAUAAUGGCGUUGCACAGGCAAGAGGAGCGACGGCGGCAACAGACCAAACAGAGUGUGUUUGGUUUUAUAUUUAAAAAAUCCAAGCAGAGUUCUCUCAGCACAGACAGUCUCGGGGCGCGCAGUGUGUCGCCGGCCAGAAGCGAUGAGACUGCGAGAAGCAUAAGUCCCAUUCAGCCGCCAGCUCGGCCACAAAGAAAGAGGAGGCCAGCCCCAAAACCACCUACUGACGCUGAGCAAACUGCCGUUCAAGAUAUGUUUGUAGACGAUGGCAAGGAUAAAAUGACAAUCAUUAAUCACAGCCGCAAUAGCAGCGACAGUUCUGGCUAUCACGAGGCAUCCGUGCUCAGUGACAAUCCAGAUUCGGCUGCCAGACUUCCAGAAACUCUACCAAGGAGAAAUAAGGCACCAAAUCUAUCUGAUACAUCUAUCUGAUACAUCCAGAAAGCUAGUGCAGACCUUGCAGUCUAGUAAAAGUCUAGGCAAUUUAGCGGCAACUGGUGAAACGCUCGGUCGAGGCAUUAGCAGCACUUCCCUGUGCUCUACUG